GUACGAACUACUUUUUGUAUUAGCUCCAGAGUCCAGGAAAAAAAAAAACGUACAACUCUAUCGUCAUCCACGGACGAGGGCGUAUUCCCUAUUCAAUUCAACCCGGGAUUUCUAAACCAAGCUGCGAGUUGUGACUAGAGACAAGAACUGUUACUAAAAAUCCCUCUUCGUCUGAUUUCGCGUCUCGAUUGUCUUCUCAUUGUCUGGCGUCCUUUAUUUUUAACUCUGUCUGAAGCGCUAUUGAAGGCAAACUGUUUGUCGAGAGCAGUGAAAUGAUGUGGAGCUCAAUCGAAAAUUUGAAGGAGAAUUUGAACCGAAUCGCGUUUGAAAUUCACGAGGACGACGAUGAAGAUGAUGCCCACCUGUCGAUGCCCCACAAUUCGGGUGAUUCGGUCGAUAGUUUAAUAGUUUCGCCAGCCAAUCGAAGGAUUUCUAGGAAUUUAUCUCAUUCCGAAUCGCCGAUAUAUAAUUACCAUUCUCCGGUCGCUAAUGGCCUCGAUUCUGCUUACAAGACUGAGUUGGAAAAAUACAAAGCCGAAAUCAAAAGACUUAAAGAAUCUGAAGCUGAAAUCAAAGCAUUGUCUGUUAAUUAUGCUGCACUGCUAAAGGAAAAAGAGGAUCAUAUUGGGAGGCUGAGUAAAGAAAACAGUUCACUCAAGCAAAAUUUACAAACAAGUCAUACACCUACUGUGCCUAGACAUUCUUCCAAGGGGAGCAUCGAUCAAUUAUCAAAUAGUCAUCGUAAAAUUCUAGCAUGUAAAAACAUAGAAGGAAACCCAUCCAGUAAUGGCCUUUUUCCCCAGCAUGAUGGACUAAGCAAUGGAGAAAGUCUUGGUAGUGAGAAGGAACUUGCAGAUUUGCUGGAAGAGAAGAGCAUGUCUCUUGUAUCCAUGCAAGCGAGUUAUGAAUUACAGAUAAAACAAUUAGGAAUUGAGCUUGAUAAAGAACGCUGCAAGCUAGAAAAUAUUGAAAUGAAAUUAAAAGAGGAGCAGAAGUUGAGUGCAUCUUUUCAGCAGGAGCUAAGGUCUCUAAAAGUUGACAAGGAGAAAAUGGCUCAGGAGGUUGCUAGAAUUAACGAUGAAAUGAAUCAGAAAGUUGCUGAAAUCCAGCAACAUGAAUUAAAUCUUCAUAACAGGGAUACUAAACUAGCAGAAAAAGAACUGGAGGAUUUUAAGAGAGUAGUAGCUGCACUGCGAGAGGAAAACAACAAACUCAAGAAUGAUAAAGAUAAAUUGGAAGCUUCCUUGGAAGCAUCCAAACUUUUGACAGUACAGGCUCCUUCAUCUGGUGGUGAGGGUCAGUCAUCACCUGUAUUUCCAGAAAAGGAAGUGAUGGAGAAAUCACUACAAAAGCUUGAGAAUGAUUUGAAGGAAACACGCAGAGAAAGGGAUAAGGCAUUGUUAGAACUGAACCGUCUUAAGCAGCACUUGUUAGAGAAGGAAUCUGAAGAAUCAGAGAAGAUGGACGAAGACACCAAAGUCAUUGAAGAACUACGGCAAAUUUGUGAAUCCCAACAUGCUCAAAUUUUGCAGUUGGAGAAAGAUCUUAAGCAGGCAAAUGGUAGCUUGAAUGAAGUCAAGAUCCGUACUGAUAGAGAACUGGUGAAGUCAAAGGAAACAGUUGAUGAGCUGAAUCGAAAACUGGCAAGCUGUUUAAGCACAAUAGAUGCCAAAAGUAUCGAAGUCCUUAACCUGCAAACUGCGCUUGGCCAGUACUAUGCCGAAAUUGAAGCCAAGGAACGCCUGGCAGAAGAUUUGACCGCAGUGAAGGAAGAAUCCGCUAGACUUUCUGCGCUUUUAAAGGACGCAUAUGAGCGGUCAGAAAACUUGAGCAGGGAUAAGGAAGAAGCGUUAGUAAAGCUGUCAGAAGCGGAAAAGAAAUUUGCUGAUUGGAAGAAUAGAAUGAAUAAGUUGGAGCAAGACAAUGAAAAACUACGCCGUGCUCUUGAACAUAGCUUGACCAGAAUAAACAGGAUGUCUUUAGAUUCAGACAACUAUGUUGACAGGCGAAUCGUGGUCAAGUUACUAGUGACCUACUUCCAAAGAAACCACAGCAAAGAGGUUCUGGACCUGAUGGUCCGCAUGCUGGGAUUUUCUGAGGAAGAUAAGCAGAGAUUGGGUGGUAUUGGACGACAAGGAGGCUCAGGAGGGAAAGGCGUUGUCCGGGGUGUCUUUGGUCUUCCAGGCCGGUUAGUAGGUGGCAUUUUAGGAGGCGGUGGAGGAGGUUCGAGCCCGACUGCCGCCAACAUGACUUCUUCAGAUGACCAGUCAUUUGGAGAUCUAUGGGUUGAUUUUCUUCUCAAGGAGACGGAGGAGAGAGAGAAGAGAGAAGCGGCCGCUAGCAAUUCUUCAUUUUCUUCAUCAUCUCCAAGUGGGAGUUUUCACCAGGCGGCAAUAGCUGCAGAGCAGAACUCAUCAGACUCAGAGUUCUCAACUGUCCCUCUUACCUCUGCUGAAUCGAAUUACCCACAUUCUCAAUUUUCAAGACCUCUCCAAAAAUACUAACCACAAAGGUGUACAGUUUAUGUACUAUAUAAUCAUUUUCCAGAAAUGGUUUUUAUUUUUUUGUUUAUUUAUUUUAAUAUACAAUAUUACUCUAGUAAAUAUAGCAAUGUAUAAUUCUUUUGUUCAGCUAUUACCAUUUUUUGUGCACACAAACAACCCACACUUCAUUUCAAUAUUGUAAAAGUAUCAUUCCAUAAUAAUAUUUCAGGUAUCUUGGCUUUGCCAAGAG